AUGAGCGACAACGACACCGAGAAGGCCACUGAGGUGCGCGACACCAAUGCGGGCACCAUGCUCGACCUGCCGCCCGAUCCCGAUGCUGGCCUGAGUGAUGCUGAGAAGGCUGCGAUUGAUCGCAAGCUUCUCUGGCGCCUCGACCUCAUUCUGAUCCCCUGGCUCUGUAUUCUAUACCUGCUGGCAUUUCUGGAUCGAACGAACAUUGGGAAUGCUAGAAUCGCCCAUCUUGAUGUCGAUCUCAAGCUCACCACACAGUCGUACAAUUCGAGCCUGACCAUCUUCUUCGUCUCUUACGCUGUCUUUGAGCCGCUGACAAACAUUCUCCUCAAGCGCCUUCGUCCAUCCAUCUUUAUUCCCAUCAUCAUGAUCCUUUGGGGCGCAUCGAUGCUUGGAAUGGGCUUUGUCUAUAACUGGUCUGGCCUCAUGGCUGCGCGAUGGUUCCUUGGCUUAACCGAGGCUGGUCUGUUCCCCGGUAUUAACUACUACCUUUCAUGCUGGUACAAACGAUCUGAAUUCGGAGUUCGCGCGGCUGUCUUCUUUUCCGCAGCUGCAGUUUCCGGCUCUUUCGGUGGUCUGUUAGCUGCAGCUAUCGAGCUCAUGGACGGCAUUGGAAAGCGCCCCGGCUGGGCCUGGAUCUUUAUUCUCGAGGGUCUUCUAACCAUCUUGUUUGGAGUCGCCUCAUUUUGGAUGGUCCACGACUUCCCCGACGAAGCCAAGUUCUUGUCUGACGCUGACCGUAUUCGCGUGAUUCGCCGUCUUAAGAUGGACCAGCAGUCAUCCGCCGAGCACGAGGAGUUCAAGAUGAGCUACUUCUGGUCCGCCGUUAAGGACUGGAAGAUGUGGCUCGGCAUGGUUAUUUAUAUGGGUUGCGACAUGCCCCUGUACGCCUUCAGCCUGUUCUUACCAUCCAUUAUUAACAGUCUGGGAUGGAACACUAGUGUUGUUCGCUCUCAGCUCAUGUCAGUGCCGCCCUACGCUUGUGCGGCCAUCCUCACGGUGGCUAUUGGCUUCAUUGCCGACCGCACACGGCAACGUGGCCUCUGUAACAUCUGCGUCUCGCUUCUGGGCGUCGUCGGGUUCAGCAUGCUCAUCGGAUCGGACAAGGCCGGGGUCCAGUACGCCGGCACCUUCCUGGGCGCGCUCGGCAUCUACCCCUGCAUCGCCAACACCAUCUCCUGGAUGGCGAACAACAUCGAGGGCGUCUACAAGCGCGGCGUCGUCCUGGGCUUCGUCAUCGGCUGGGGCAACCUCAACGGCGUCGUCAGCUCAAACAUCUACUUCUCCAAGCCCCGCUACCUGCAGGGCCACGGCAUCGUCCUCGCCUACCUGACGCUCUUCCUGUGCGGCGGCUCUAUUCUCAUGACGACGCUUCUUCGCAGGGAGAACGCGAAGCGCAGGCGAGGCGAGCGCGAUGAUUGGGUGCAGGGCCUCAACCCGAGGGAGAUCGAGGCGCUGGGCGACAAGCGGCCCGACUUCAUCUACACCACUUGA